AUGACCGGCUAUCUUACGGCUUCCGCGCCUAUUCUGUCGCCAUUCAUGCACCUCUUUACAUCUCUGUUCGGGUUUGAAAAGAUUCCGCCCAUCAGAGGCAUACAAUGGUUCAAUCUGUCCGUUCUCGUCUUCACUCCUGCUUUGGCUGCAUAUGGAAUCUGCUACGUGCCGAUCAAUUCAAAGACAAUGGUCUGCGCAGUCACACUCUACGUUAAUUCAAUGAUAGGCAUCACUGCUGGCUAUCACCGGCUAUGGUCUCAUAGAGCAUAUAAGGCGACACUUGCUCUGCAGUGCUUCUUGCUUCUCUCAGGUUCAUGCGCUGUACAGGGUUCGGUCUACUGGUGGGCACGGCGACAUCGCUCGCACCAUCGCCACACGGACACUGACGAAGACCCUUACAAUGCGAAACGAGGGCUGUUCUGGUCGCAUAUCGGGUGGAUGAUCUUCCACACAGAUCUACGCCCAGGAAGUGCGGACAUAUCCGACCUCAGGAACGAUGAGCUUAUCCAAUGGCAGCAUCGUUGGUACUUCGCCAUCGCAUUCACAACCGGUUUUGUACUACCAACAAUGCUAACGGGAUUCCUAUGGGAUGACUGGUUGGGUGGACUGUGCUUCGCAGCAGCUCUACGUAUGACCGUUUGUCACCACUGCGUGUUUUGCAUCAAUUCGGUGGCGCACUAUUUGGGUGACACACCGUAUGACGAUAGGCUUUCACCGAAGGACCAUCUGCUGUCAGCUAUCUUGACCAUGGGUGAAGGGUAUCACAAUUUCCAUCAUCAGUUUCCGAUGGACUAUCGGAACGCUUUUCGAUGGUAUCAAUAUGACCCUACGAAAUGGUUUAUCACUGCGUGCAAUGUCAUUGGCCUUGCCAGCCAUCUUCGGACGUUUCCUGGUAAUGAGAUCCAGAAAGGAUCGCUCACGAUGGAGCUGAAGAGAUUGAAGAGAUUGCAAGACGCGCUGGAAUGGCCAGUACCACCCGAAGACCUACCGAUACUUACUUGGAGUGCAUUUCAGGAGGAAGCCGCAAAACGCACGCUCAUUCUAGUAUCCGGUUUUAUUCACGAUGUCACCACUUUCAACGCAGAACAUCCGGGAGGAGUUGAGCUGUUAAGACGUAACUCAGGCAAAGAUAUGACUGCCGCGUUUUUUGGAGGAAUUUACCAGCAUUCCAAUGCCGCACACAAUUUUCUGGCUAUGUUGCGUGUAGGGAUCCUUGCAGGCGGGGUAGAGUUGCUCGGAGAGCAGCAUAUACCUCCUUCUCAGCAGUUGCACAUCACUAGCAAUCUCCGAGCGUAA